AUGCUGUUGGAUACUGGUUCAGAGCUGACGUUUGCUACAAAUGACCUUGUGGGGAAGCUCGGCUUAUCGGUAUCUCCAGCUUUGCUACCGGUCGUUGGUAUUAGUGGAUCAAAGUCUUCAUCUAAUGGUUUUUCUCGAUUUUCUCUCAAGUCUCUGUAUUCAAGUAAUCAGAUUCUCAUCAAGGCCUAUGUACUCGAUCAUCUCACAUCUUCAUUGCCUUCGUUCACGGUCUCUCAAACUCAACAUUGGGAGCAUCUCAGAGGAUUGGAGUUAGCUGAUCCUGAUUAUCUGACGUCAAGACCUGUUGAUCUUCUCAUUGGCGCAGAUUUCUUUGGAUCGAUUGUGGAGCCGCAGGUUAUCAAGGGGCCGUCAGACUCCCCUAUAGCGAUGCUUACUCUCUUCGGGUGGGUGGUUCUCGGACCUACAUCCGCAGUGAUCCCCGCGGCAAGCUCAAAUCACGUCUCUGUCAGCAAUGAGGAACUUGGCGAUCUUCGCACCUCGUUCUGGCAGCAGGAGGAAGUCUCUAAAACUGAAGGCAAUGAUGGUGUUCUCACGAAGGAAGAGGCAGAUUGUGAGGAGUUCUUUCAGCGCACCCAUGUUCGAGAUCGCUCGGGGCGUUAUGUUGUUCGACUGCCUCUUGCUCGUUCUCCGUCAGAGCUCGGUGAUUCUCUAGGCCGCGCCAAGGCGUGUCUCUCGAGCCUGCUCAGGAGGUUGGGAAAGAAUCAGAAUUCUCUACAGCUUUACAGUGAUUUUCUCAAGGAGUAUGAAGAGUUGGGGCACAUGGUGCGUGCUCCUGUUCUGCCUGCCUCAUAUGCUUCUCGGGUCUUGGGUUGUCAACCUGACGGGAUGACCUUGGCACAUGAAGCUUCGGCUUCAGGAGGGUUGAGGGUCACGGAGGGGGGGCAAUCAUAUCAGGGUCCCGGUCGGUGUUCGUCUCUCAGGCAAUCUCACUCUUCUGCUCCUACAUACUACUUUCCUCAUCAUUGCGUUCUCCGGGAAAGUAGUGAAACUACAAAGCUGAGAGUAGUGUUCAAUGGCUCCAGUAAGACAAGCUCAGGGUUGUCUCUUAACGACAUUCAGCAUACUGGAGCCAAAUUGCAAAAGGACAUCUCUGACGUGCUUCUCUGGUCUCGACAGAGCAAGUACAUCUUUAUGACGGACAUCACGAAGAUGUUCCGUCAGAUCAAGGUGCAUCAGGAAGACUGGCCUCUUCAACAAAUUUUGUGGCGCGAUUCUCAGGGCCAGAUCAGCACCUACCAGCUCACCACUGUCACCUACGGGACCAAGUCUGCUCCAUUUCUCGCCUGUAGGGUUCUCGACCAGCUGGUCAAGGACGAGGGACAGCGAUUCCCUCUGGCUAUCUCACCGUUGACCAGUGGCAGAUAUGUGGAUGAUAUCUGUGGUGGAGCCGAGAAGGAAGAUGAUCUCCAUCUUGUAGCUCAGCAAGUGACGGAACUCUGCUGGGCCGGUGGAUUUCCUCUAGCGAAGUGGCACUCGAAUAGUCCGUCUCUACUUCGUUCUCUGACACCGGACGGUUUCUCUCAGAGUCUGAAGCCGCUAGAGGACUCCGUCACUAAGAUCCUUGGUCUGAAAUGGGAUCCCAACACAGAUCGAUUGAAGUUCUCUAUCCAUCUCUCAGCCGACACGAAGACAACGAAGAGGAUUAUUCUGUCCGAGAUUGCUCAACUCUUCGAUCCUCUAGGAUUGCUAUCACCGGUGGUGAUUCGUGCGAAAGCUCUACUCCAGCAACUCUGGUUGGAGAAAAAAGAUUGGGAUGAUGAGUUGUCCCCGCAUCUGGUCCAGAAAUGGGCUCAAUUUCGUGAAGAAUUGUCUCAAGUGGAACAACUCUCGAUCCCUCGUUGGCUGGGGUGUAGGAAGGAAUCUCAGGUGGAAAUCCAUGGCUUCUCAGAUGCGUCUCUACUAGCGAUGUCUGCGGUGGUUUAUUUGAAGGUGACGAGUGCGGAUGGUGUUAGCAUCUCUUUGGCUAUUGCUAAAACCAAGGUGGCUCCUCUCAAGAAGCUCACCAUUCCGCGUCUUGAGCUCAACGCCGCAGUCAUUCUAGCCAAGCUCACAAGGUACGUUAUUGUUCAGCUCAACCUUGGUACCGCUAUGGUACAUUUGUGGACAGACUCAGCUGUUGCUCUUGCGUGGAUCUGUGCUCAUCCUUCCAGGUGGAAGGAAUAUGUCCACAAUAGAGUAGCCAGCAUUCAGGAACUCGUGCAGGAAGCGAAUUGGAGGUACGUCAGUGGGAAGGAGAAUCCUGCUGAUUGUGCAUCUCGAGGCAUUUCGGUAGCUCAACUCAAUGCCCAUCAUUUGUGGUGGACGGGCCCAAAAUGGCUACGCAAGGAUUCUUCUCAAUGGCCGAAAGGGAGCGCAAGAUUGGACCCGUCAACAAAUCUCGAGGAGAAGCCUGGGGUGACUCUAACUGCUUCUCUCGCGAGGUCAAGUCUCUGGGAUCUUUGCACGCGAUAUUCCUCUCUCUACAAAUUGUUGCGAAUCACAGCAAUUUGUCAAACGGUUGCAGGGAAUAUGAUGCGGAAGUUGGGAAGGAAGAAGGCUGUUGUUGUCCCUGCAGUGUUUAGCCCUGAAAGCAUCGAGGCAGCUCGGCUUUAUUGGGUCAAGGCGACUCAAGCCUUUCAUCUCCAAGCCGAGUGUGACAUUAUCUCUCACGGAUUCCAACUGAAGAAGUCUCAUCCGUUGACCAAGCUCACGGCCUUCAUCGACCAACAGGGUGUUCUCAGAGUGGGCGGGCGUUUGAAGUUCUCAACUCUAGGACCAGAGAGUAGGCAUCAGGCGAUCAUCCCUAAAGGUUCCGCGCUCGCAGAGCUUCUCAUUAGGGACUCUCAUCAGCGAACGCUGCAUGGUGGAACUCAACUCACGUUGGCGCAUCUCAGGAGGGCUUACUGGAUUAUUGGAGGUCGUCUACCAGUAAGAUCCUUCAUCCUCAAGUGCGUUGAAUGUGCGCGUCAUCGUGGGAUUCGAGCUCAACAGCUGAUGGGACAGCUUCCAGUGGCACGUCUUGUGUCGGAUCGGGCUUUCUCUAACACUGGUGUGGAUUAUGCCGGACCAGUGUCGCUCAAGACGUGGAAGGGGCGUGGUCACAAGACCCAGAAGGGCUGGUUGGUGAUUUUUGUGUGCAUGGCCACGUCCGCUCUCCAUCUGGAAGCUGUCACGGAUUACUCUGCUGAUGGGUUCAUCGCGGCCUACAGGAGGUUCGUAAGUCGUCGAGGGUACUGCAGACAUCUCUACAGUGAUUGUGGCACUAACUUUCUCGGUGCUGACAAGGAGCUGAAGAAGCUGUUCUCUGCUGGCGCCAAGGAAUUCCAGCAUCUCUCUGCAGUAUGUCUCAAGGAUGGAACGCGGUGGUCGUUCAAUCCUCCUGGAGCCCCUCAUUUCGGAGGAAAAUGGGAAGCAGCGGUAAAGUCGGUGAAGUAUCAUCUCGCUCGAACGGUUCGUGAUACAACUCUCACGUUCGAGGAACUUUCGACGCUGCUGACCCAGAUUGAAGCAGUUCUCAACUCCAGGCCUCUACAAGCGCUCUCGGAAGACCCUGAUGACUUGUCCUGCUUAAUCCCAGGGCAUUUUCUCAUUGGAGAAGCUCCAAUAGCUCUUCCGGAGCCUUCUUUGGAUCAUCUCAACGUUGGACGGCUCUCUAGAUGGCAACUGAUUCAGCAGAGGCUGCAGUUCUUCUGGAAACAAUGGUCUACAGGGUAUCUGCAGCAGCUCCAGUCCAUCUCCAAGUGGCAUCAUCCGUCCCACGAAGUCAAAGUCGGCAGCCUGGCACUUCUCUACGACGAGCGGUUCCCGCCAUCGAAGUGGCCUCUUGCUCGUGUCACAGCUCUACAUCCUGGGAAGGACGGUCUCUCCAGAGUUGUGACAAUUAGGACCGCCUCGACGACGUUGACCAGGCCGAUCUCCAAGCUGGUUCCGUUGCCAAUCUCCACCAGCUGA